GCCAUCGGAGGAACCCCCGAGAUUUUCAACACCAGAGAGAAAAAUGGCAGGAUGGAGAUGGAUGGAAGCGGCACUUCCUCUAGGAAUUAUCGCCGGAAUGCUCUGUAUAAUGGGAAAUGCUCAAUAUCACAUCCACAAAGCCGCCCAUGGCCGGCCAAAGCACAUCGGUAAUGAUAUGUGGGACGUGGCCAUGGAACGCAGGGACAAGAAACUCGUGGAGAAUCUCUCCGCCGCUUCUCAUAGUUAAUUUUUUUUCCGGACCUGUAUCCCCUGGUGAAGGAGUUGUGGUGGAUGCACUCUUGAUAAAGGAAUAAAAAGCUUUUGUUGCAGAAUACAGAUGUCGAUGUCAAUGCAAUGCUGGUCACUGCCAUGUAUUGUCAAUUUUCUUUAUUGUUCUCUUGAUCUGAACAUAUGUAAAAUUGAUCAUCAAGAAUUACUUCUUUAUAUCAAAGUAGAUUUUCUCCCGUAUGUUGAUAGUGAGUUUCUGUUUUCUGGAACUAGCUCUUGCCUCGAGCAGGAGGAAACCCUGUACUCAAAUGAUUGAUGAAUAGCUUGGAACUCUUGUAAGUCUUUGUUUUUUUCUUCA